UCUUUGUUUACGUCGUGCGUACGUAGAGCAAAGGCUGCUGGUACUCUGCUGUCAUGGCUCCGGACGUAAACAGAAAGCAACACUUUUCGUAGUUUUCUGUUACAUGAGCGGUAACUGUGGAUUUCCUGUAAACCCCGGAAAGAGACGACAGGAGGUAACAUGUCCGGAGGGAACAAAGCCGUGGAGGUACAGCUUCAGAUUAGGCAAAAUGCUGAGGAUCUUCACAGCUUCAUGACGGAGCUAGAGAACUGGGAGACGGACAUCAAGAGGAAGGAUGAGGAGCUGAGGACUGGCCGAGUCCAGGAGAUCCGGAAAAAACUCCCACCUGUACGUAACAAAGACUACAAAACAAAGAUGAGGGAAAAGAGGAAGAAAAAGGAGGCUGCUGCUGGUGACACAAAGGCAGACGAGCCCAAACAAGCUUCCAGGCUGAAAUCCUAUGAUUAUCAAUCAUGGGACAAGUUUGACGUGGAUAAAGCUCUGGCGGAAAUGGAUAAGGAGGAAUGUCCCGCUGAGUCAAACGAGUCCGACUCGGAGGAUGCUGGAGUUGAUAAGGAGAAAGCGCUGGCUGAGAAGGAGAACGGUAACGAGUUCUUUAAACAGGGAAAAUAUGAUGACGCCAUUGAGUGUUACACCAGAGGGAUGGCUGCAGAUCCAUACAACCCAGUGCUUCCCACAAACAGAGCUACAUCCUUCUUCAGACUUAAAAAAUAUGCCGUGGCAGAGUCAGACUGCAACCUGGCGAUCGCUCUGGACAGCAGCUACUCUAAAGCAUUUGCUCGGAGAGGAGCCGCUCGGUUUGCUCUGAACAAACAUGAAUCUGCACUAGAAGAUUAUGAGAUGGUUCUCAAGCUGGAUCCAAGCAACGUGGAAGCACAGAAUGAAGUGAAGAAAAUCAAGGAGAUCUUCUGUCAGCAGGACCCCCCGACUCAAAAUACGCAGCCUGCAGAGGCUCCCACAGUCGAUCCUGACCAGCAGAGACGACUGAAAGAGCAGCAGAGAAAACAGGAAGCGGUCAUGCAGAAGGACAGAGGAAAUGCUUACUUCAAAGAAGGGAAGUACGAAGCAGCGGUGGAAUGCUACAGCAAAGGAAUCGAAGCAGACACCAUGAAUGUUCUUCUGCCUGCGAACAGAGCCAUGGCCUUUCUCAAGCUGGAAAAGUAUAAAGAAGCAGAGGAGGACUGUACGACCGCUAUUUCUCUAGAUAACACUUACUGCAAGGCUUUGGCCCGCCGUGGCACAGCCCGGCUGGCGCUCGGGAAACUGCAGGAGGCCACGGAAGAUUUUCAGCAGCUGUUAAAACUGGAACCAGGGAAUAAGCAGGCCCUGAAUGAACUCCAGAAACUCCAGACUAACCUGGGCCCUAGUGGUGCUCUGCAAACAGAGGACAGCUCACAAAGGAGGAUGGUCCAACCUGUAGACAAACCAGAACACCUGCGCUCAACUAAACCUCUGAGAAGGAUUGAUAUUGAGGAGAUCAACGGGAAGUUAAUGGCACCUGAGGUGGAAGCAGCUCCUCCAUUAGUCCAGGAAGUGGAGAGGAAGACCGAGGACGGGUCCUCUCCACUGUCCUCAUCACCCAGCGCCAAGAUGAUCAAAAUCGAGGAGAUAGCAGAAACCCCAUCGCAGACAUCUGAGCGGUUCUGCAGAGACUCCAGCCAGCCACCAUGGGAGGGAACUGUUCAUGUUCCUGAAGCACCAAAUUCUACCUCGUCCAUAGAGACAGACGUGCCUCCUGCACCUACCAACAGCUUUCAGCUGGAGUCGGACCUCAGAAAAAUCCGAAACCAGCCCGAGGCGAUUUAUAGAUAUCUCACGCAAAUCAGUCCUGCAGCGUACGGCCAAAUUUUCAGGAAUGCGCUUGAACCGGACAUCCUCAAUCAGAUCCUGAGAACUCUGCGUGAUUUCUUCAUAAAGAAUGAAUCUCCAGCCUCCAUCUUGGAGACUCUCAGCAGUCUGGCAAGCGUGAGGCGCUUCGACAUGGCCGUCAUGUUCAUGUCUUCGCAGGAGAAGAAAGUGCUAAAGGAACUGUUUGAGUUCCUUCUCCAAGCCGAGCCGCACCAGUCAUGUGUCGCGGUCUUGCAGAAGAAGUAUGGUGUAUGAUGGACUGACAACUGAGGAUCUUAGAGCCAACUGUUAUUAAAUCAAAGCCACUUUUGGGUUCUUUUCUUUGUUUCCACGGAUCUCCAGAUUCCAAAAGGAAAAAUGUGUGACUUUCCAGCUUAUGUCAUCUUUAAUGCAGUGUAAAAAGAAUGCACCACAGUUUGAGAGUACUUGGUGCUGUUUGCAUGGUCCACUUAGUCUUCAACCUGCCAAAUAAACCCUGACCUUUGCUGAACUGACCGGGUUUCACUUAACCAAAUAAAUAAAAAAGUUUAUUUUUUUGAAAUGUA